AAUGCAUCUUUGAACACUUCUUUUUCUGUCUCCAUUAGCUUAUACACUUGUGCACUUGUCCUUCGCUAGAGCGACAUAAGAUUUCAGCAGCGUCUCUUCUCUUUUGUGCUUAUUUCGACUAACUUUUCAGAAACGACUGAAAGUUGCUCGCUAGCUCACUUCACUCAACACUUGCGGGGUAACUUAUAUUGUUUUCUGUGGCCACUGUCGGUGCGUACACACUGUUGUCAUGACACUACUAGGGAAACUCACCGCGAGGCACGUUGGGAGACAAAAGACACCAGCUUCAGUGUUCAGCUUGCUUUAGAACUUUCCCUCUCAACAAAAACGCCCCUAAAAGUUCAACGAAAGUCUAAAACUUUACCACAAGGAGCGUUAUGUUAUUCUCUUUUACUCGUCUGCAUGGAAAAAGAACGACAGGCAGCUGUGGGAUCCUGUGUCAAUGGAAAGAAGAGCACUUUGGGAGGUAAAAGCCAGAAGUCACGCUGCAAGAGGAGGACUCAAACCUGGGAGCCACUGGAGUCCCAGGGUGCAGGAAUGGAGCAACUUAUAGAGUCACUGGAAAGGAAGUUGCAGAGACCCCUACUGGCGAAGUCCCGUACUCUCCCCAGCAUCCCCCAGUCUCCUACUGUGUCCAGGGUCCAUCACUCGGAUUUCAUCGGUGGGAGUCCUCCUCGCAGGAAGAACCCGCCCGCUGCUGCCACCAGCCACCCAAAGGGCUGCACUCUGCCACCUGCAGGGGAACUGUGGCGUUUGGAAGAUGACAUGGAAGGCGAAGAUGAGCCUCAGCACGGUCGGUGCACCGAGGCCCGCCCUCGCUCCCAGUCACCCUUUUCCCACUUCCGGGCGCGAGCUGCCUACCUCCGCAAGAGCGUCUCAGCUGAUGACAACCUGGACAUGGGCUCGGACUACAGCUCUGGGACUGUAGUCGAGGGCAAGCCAACCCGUGGCAGUAAGGGCAAGCUGAAGAGAAAGUUUAGUCUUGGCUCGGCUGAUCGAAAGGAGAAUCAGCAUAAAAAGUCAGAGUCAGGGAUAUCCAAAUUUACCCAUCGUCUAUCCCUGAAGGAGCGUGUGGUCAAAGCAGAGAAGACUUCCUCGGACAGACCAGCUUCCUACAGGAGACGAUCUCUUAGUGUGGACUGGGCUGACACUGCCAAGAUGACGCAGCCCAUGAGGGGGGACCAGGCCCACCAGGCGGCCCCAACCCGCAAGUCGGCCAGCCUGUCCUCACCAAGCGCGGCUCGCCGCCUGUACCGCAACUUGUCUGGAAAGUUCCGUGUGGGCACAAACCCCCCUGCCCUGGAGGACAGUGUGGUGUCAGGACGGGGAGGAGAAAAGGAGCGGCUGCGCAAAACCACCAUAUUCCAGAGUAAUGAAGCUUUGUUUGAGGCAGUGGAGCACCAGGAGUUGGACUUGGUACAGCUGCUUCUGUCCCAGUACAGUCUGGAGGAGCUGGACCUCAACACCCCAAACAGUGAGGGCCUCCUGCCCCUCGAUAUCGCUGUCAUGACCAACAACGUGCCCAUGGCCAAGCUGCUUCUGCGGGCUGGAGCCAAGGAGAGCCCCCACUUUGUGAGUCUAGAGGGCCGAGCAGUGCAUUUGGCCACCUUGGUGCAGGAGGCUGAGCAGCGGGUGUCGGAGCUUCAGGCCCAGGUUGGAAGCGAUGGUCCUGGUGAGCGGGAGGGAUCUGACCGGGAGAGGCAGCUAAAGGCCUGGGAGUGGAGGCUCCGGCUCUUCCGACGCAUGCAGACGGGCUUCGAGCAUGCUAACCCUCCAGACGCUCCCAGUGUAGCUCGCCUGUCUGUCAGCAGCAGCACCAGUCUAAGGGUGGACUUCCAAGAACCUCUCUGCGUCAACUCUGCUGUGGUUACCAAGUACAAAGUGAGUUGGAGCAGUGCUCCUUCAUUCAGUCCUUUGCUGGGUGAGAUGGUGGUGGAGGAUGCCACUCUGCUACAGUGCAACAUCACUGGACUCACUUCUGGGACCUAUUACUAUGUCCAAGUGUCGGCCUACAACAUGAAGGGCUGGGGGCCUCCACUAGUUUCGACCCCUGCCUGUGCUGCACCUUCCAGUUGGAGGGAUAUCGAUGGCCGUGCUCCACGUCAGAGAGGCCAGAAGGAGGCACUAGACCAGCUACUUGGGCAGAUAAAAGAAGCUCACCGCCACUGUGUCUGCCAUGAACAGUGCAAAGCUCCACCACAAGGGAGGAAGCACUCAGUAUCCAAAAGCCUGCGCCACCUCUUCCAACCCACCAGCAAAUUUGUUAAAAGCUUGAAAAGAGGUCUCUAUCUGACAUCCAUAUUCUACAGAGAUGACAGUGUCUUGGUGACGCCAGAGGAUCAGAUUCCUAUUGUGGAGGUUGAAGAUUCCUACUCCAGCUCGCUCAUGCAGGACUUCCUCUGGUUUACCAAGGUAUCAUAUCUAUGGGAGGAGAUUCCCUGGCUGCAGCAGUGUCUCAGUCCUUCCCAGUCGUCCUGUUCCUGUACUCUGCAGACACGCCUCAAGAUGCUGCAGGCUGUCUCCCAGCUACAGGGAAUGCUGGGGACCCAAGACCUUGGUCAGGUGUAUUUUGAGCCAAUCAAAGACAAGCAUGGUAAUGCCCUGCUGGUGCUCCUGAAGGACAUGAAUGCCUGUCCCAACCUGGAUGGGGUUCGCUGGACGCAGCUUUGCAAACUCCAGCUCCAACGCAAGUCCAUCUCGUCCCCCGAUGAGCCCACUGCCUUGGACGUGCUUCUCAUCACACUCCAUGAGAAGCUGGCGUAUCACAGGCGGAGCAGGAAGACCUUGUCUCCAGGCUUAUACCUGGGCUACCUGAAGCUGUGUACAUCAGUGGAGCAGAUCAGAGUGCUGGUGCCCCAAAAACUCCCCAACAUCCUCUGUCACACAAAAAUUCGGGACAACAGCAAUGUGUCCAGAGAGGAGUGGCAGUGGCUGCAAGCUCUCAGCUCUCUGGAGGAGUCCUUGGAAAUGGACCAUGAAGUACAGAGUGCUCCACAUCGCCUCCUACAGGACCUGCGCAGCGCCAUCAAGGACCUGAUGGCACACAUUAAUGUCCCUGACAAUCAGGCACAGGACUUUCGUAUUUACAGCCAGGAAGUGCUGGAGUUCGGAGAGAAAGUAUCCUUCCUGCUCCUCCUGCCACCUUCAGAUGAAGUGUGCACAGCUCCUGGUCAGAAUAACCCAUACUCCCCCCGCUCUGGCUUCCUCACCCUGCCCCUGCAGAUCUUUGAACUGGUCCACUUUAAUGCCUAUUGCCCGAGUUUCAUUGGCCAGUACUGCAGAGUAUCAGCUUUGCUGGAGCUGGAGUCCCUCAUGUCCCAACAGGCACUGAGGGAGGCCUUCUCUGAGGCUGAACUCCUUUCUGCUAAGAAGAAACACCAGCAGGUCCAGGAACACAUACAGCAAAUGGAGGAAGUGUGGCGUGAUGCGAGGUGGAUCAUGGACGCCUUGCAGUAUGCCCGCUACAAGCAGCCAACGGGAGGCCUCUUUAUAAGCUGGAUAAUUGACUUCUCCACUGAAGUGAUGCCCGACAAGCCUCCCUCCACCUCCUCUCAGCCAGACUUCAUGCCCUCUCCCAUGCCUUCACCUGAACCCUGCCGCAAACACUCAGAUUUUGCUGGACUAUCAGACGAGGAGGGGUCAUCUGAGGUCUUCCUCACCACCGACAGUGACUACGACUCCAGCCGUGCCCAGAGUCCCCGUGAGCUGGACCUGUUGCCCCCGUCGCCGCUCUCAUCCUCUGUGCCGCUGGAGCCCCGUGGUUUCCUACGUAGUGACGGGAGCGGCUCAGGAGGAGGGAUGUGUGGAGGUGGACGCGGAGGGGGAGCGCUAAGGGAUUCCACGCCAGAUGUCCUCCAGGCGUCAGAGCAUCAGCACGGGAGGGAAGGCGAGCGGUGUGGCGGAGGCAGAGGAGUUCGGUGCGGAGGGGAAAGGCGAAGGGGUGCCCCGGAGCUGUUUGACAGUGAUUUCAUCCUGCCCAGCAGGCAGAUCGAGCUGCUGCACAUCACAGAGAAGAGACAGGCCUUCUGUGUGAGAACCAGUAGCCUGGAGUUCCCUUCCACCACCUCAGCCCACCACCGGCCUUACUGCUGCCACACAAAUUGCCCCUCGCCCUCCACCUCGCCCCAGCGCAGAUGGCACAGGCCUUCGUCAGUGGAGCGCUGUUGCACAGCUGAACGCUGCCUACCGCCACUUCCACCAGCGCGUACGUUAUCGGAGGACAGCGGCACACAGAGACUCUCCUCACCAUCGCCUGCUGCCCUCAGGAAAGGCUGUCAUGCCACACUCAGAGUGUACCCACAGUACCGCACAGGGCUGCCAAAGGAGACCAGUGUCAAGCUUUGUGUGACUCCAGGAACAUCAGCGCGGGAGAUGGUCCAGCUGGUGGUGCAGGAGAUGAACGUAGUGUCUCGGCGCAUGCUCGGCAGCAGCGGGGGCGGCAGUGAACAGGAGCAGUGUGUGUACUACAGUCCUGAACAGUUGAUGCACUUUGGCCUUGUGCUGGUUGUGGACAAUAGAGAAAAGUGGCUUCAGGAUGAUUUCUGUCCCCUGGAGCUCCAGAACCCCUGGCUGAGGGGCAAACUAUGCGUUCGCAUUAAGGAGUAUUCGCCACUAGCGCUCACACACAGCCGGGCCACCACGGUGUGAUACAUCCAGCAGAGAUAAUGAGUUCAAGAAAACGGUUAAGAGUUCAUGCCGUGUGCAGAUUCUCUUUUGAUAAAUGUGUAUUGAAAUUAAGGAACUGUUAGUACAAACAGGCUCCUAACCAGCUCCUAAACUCUAGAAGCUGUUCUCUACACUAUCUUCUCUCCCACCGUCCAGAACUGCAGCUAUAACAUAUUGUCAUAUUUUCUGCUGUGUUCAUGUUAUCUGAAAUGCUUCUGUUUCCAUGAAAUGUGUUCUCCCGUACAUUGGACUUUUUUUUUUAUGAACAUCAGAGACCCUCAUAUGGACACCAAAUGAACAAUAACAAAAUGGAACAAAGAGAAAAGUUUUUUUGUACUGUCAGAAAUCAUUGGGAAAAAACAUUGUGAUGCUGAGCAAGAUCAAUGGAGCGCCACUUUGACUUCUGGUAUGAUUGAUGCCGGCGCAUCGGGCCGUGCACGUUGCCAAAGUGACAUGGGCAGCGUCAUCGCCUCCCAAGCCACACGCGGACACGGCGUUUCCUAUGAACUUUCUCAUUGUGUCAUUCCCAAAGAGCUGUCGGCUGCAGCCGCCCGGCUCCAUGUUCCCAGGAUGUGGGCUCUGGACCCAGCCCAGAGGGCAGGAAGGAAUAGAGAAGUACAGAGGGGGGCUGGCGUCUCCGCUUGAGGACGCAAUCGGCCCGACGAUUUUGCCCGUCAGCCUGUCACUCAACUGCUCUUGGCCACUGGACUGUCUGGUGGUGAAGCAGCCAAGCAAGGGGGAGAGAGCUUGAUAGAGAGCAAAAGAGCGAGGAGGAGGAGGAGGAGGGUGGAGGCUGCAUCUUUUAGAACCUGGCACUGGCUCUCUGGUACUCUUUUUUUCCCUUUUGCUGAAACACAUGCUCUGUAUAGCAGACUCAGUCAUAGUGUAGCUAACAAAUACGAUCAUCUCGUUUUGUGAAGGAACACAAAAUAAAACCAGCUAAUUUGGAUUUUCACAACAGAGACAAAACAAGCAAUACUCUUUUUGUUUUUCUAAUAGAUGGUGAAAAGCAUGUAAACCUUCCAGAAUUGUUCAUCUAAAGUACUGUAGUUAUGCUGUGCUAAAAGUUAACCAGUUCAGUGUUUUGUUGUGUUUGGUUCAGUGGUAUUCCCAGAUGCAUCAGAAAAUGGUGCCCGUCAGUCUAGAGCAGCGUCUCCCAAAGGGAUUCUAGUAUGAAAGGGAUGACUCAAGUUAAGAGGCUCUGUGUUUGUUAGAAAAGUAACAUACCGUGUAUUCCAGACUGUCUCCUAAACUGCUUCAAAAUAGAAAGGACUAAACUAUAAGAUGGUUUAAAAUAUUUUUUAGAGACUUUCAACUGCGGAUUCUGAUGUGACUGAUGGGCAUCAGAAGGCCAGUUGUUGUCGCCUUGGUAAAUUGUCUACCUUUUACUGAAGGAGAAGACACAGAUAACACAGCUGUCCUUGGAAAAUUAGUAAAACCUUUAUUUAUUAUUUUCUGCAAAUUGUGAUUUGAACAAUGAUUAUGAGAAACAAUCAACACAUGUAGCAAGCCAACCUCCCUCCAAAAUAUGACACCUACUAUGCAACAGUUUCUUACUUUCAGAACGCGCACACAGGGAGCUGCAGACAAAGUGUGAGCUUCAAUGCAAUUUCAUUGAAAUUAAAACAUCAAAAGAUAGACGAAAACAUUUGGUAUAUAAAGCGUGGUAUACUGGAGUCAUGUGACAUCUUGUAAUUUUGAUGGAAUUUUAUAUUCAUUCAAACAUGACUUCUAGUAAAUCAGAUUUUAAAAACCACAUCUCUUCAGUCUACAAGGUUUUCAAUAAUCAUUUCCAACUGAAAACUGUCAAUUGUAACAUUUUUUAAAUUAAAUCUCAUAAAACAGCGUGGUCAAACCCACAGUCACUGUGGUCUCUUAGAUAACAUUUUAAUAGCUCGCACAGCCAAUUGUCCAUCGACAUUGAAUAUACUAGCAGAUUAGCUUGGCUUGCAAGUCGUAGAGCUCAGUUGAGUUUCCUAUGAAACAUGAAUUCUGUCUCUAAUUUGAUUUACCAAAAACACUGAUGCAGGUAUUGCACAGUUUGGCAUGUACCACAUUAAUAAAUAAUGCCUCUAAACAAUCCAUCCUUUUUAGUGAAGUGUGUGGAACCUGUGCCAAGUUUUUGGCUUCUCCGUUCAUACUUCAACUCACUUCAUUAAAUUUGAAACAGAACAUUGUUUACAUCAAACUCUGCAUCCCACACUCACAGGAACUGCAGGCUGUUGAGUUUUAUUUAUUUGUUUGUGUAUAUCACCUGUUUUUCAGCAUAUGAGCCAGGUCUCUCUUGUAAACAAGAUUUUUUUUUAUCUCAAUGGGACUUCCUGGGAAAAUUAUGGUAAAAUAAAUGUUUUAAAAAAUACUUUUUUUUCUUGCUGUAAAACCUCAACCAAGCUUGGUAACACCAUACCAUUAUAAUAAUCUGCAGCAGUUCCAAAUGUAGCACCAGAAAGGGGAGAGUUUAAUGCGGGAAGUCAGUGGACCUGGCCUCAGUUACUGUAGCAUUCCAGGUUGACAGGAUGCUAUGGGACCUGUCACAGGGGGAGUUAACAGUGGUGUCUCUCAAAGUGUUUACAGAGUUUAGUUUCCUUAUACCUUCAAAGAUGUGUUUACAUGUAACUACUGUAUAAAUAUGUCUUAAGAAAAACUGAUGUUAUAAGUUGUAAUUGGUUUUAUUAAUGGCUUGAACUACUGUGUUGGAUGUCUUCUUUAUUCACAUUGUGAUAAGCGGUUUUUAUGAGGGCCAACUGCAAAAGCACACGUCCAGAAACCGAACCAUGUACAUAGACAAACAAGACCAGGGGAUGAAUGUACAGUAUCUGCCCUAAAUGUGAAAGUAAAUGAAUGUAGGGCUGUCAUCACUGCAGAGGUCCAAGGUCAGAGAAGCUAAAGGCUGUUUUAAGAUUAUACUGAAGGGAAAGAGGGGGGUUUAAAAUUCUCUUUCCAGUCAAAAACUAAAGUCAAGCCCCAUGUUUACAAGGAGCUGUUGGCAGAUCCAUCAGGCGAAGUCAUGAAGGAGACAUCACGUCACUUUUUUAAAAAUCUAUUUUUAUUGAACAAUAAACGCAUAUUACAAAAUAAAAGCCUUAGUUGUUUGUGUGGGUUUCCUCUCUUUUAAAGCGGACCGCCGCACACGAGUGUAGGAUGUUUCCAACCUUCAUGUGUGUCCCACUGAGCAAUAACAACAUCUUUUAUGUGAUAUUGACCUUUUUACACUUCCUGUUUGAGAGAUAGACCACUUAUAGUACUUUACGCAUUAACUGCGUAACUCCAUUAUCAUAGUUCAAGAGCUGAACAACUCCACUAGGUUCCAUAAUAUAAAUACUAUGGCAUACCUCAUCAGCCAGACGAUGCAUAGCAAGUUUAUAUUUCAAAUGUGUGCAGAUCAGAUUUUCUUUGGGGCUUAUUCUUUUGGUUUGAAGUUUCAUCCACAUGUAUGAUACACUCCCAUGAGCCCACGGUCAUUCAUAUCAGAUGAAUGAACAGACCGUAAAUGACAAAUAGAGGGCACUUGUUCCUAUCGAUGCCAUAUUGCAAUGACUUCAUCAGUGUUUGCCACACAGUUGAUGAAAACUGAAUGGUGGGCAGCUGCAGACAGAAUCUCACAGUGUAAGUGGUGGGCAUGGCCACAUAAAACUUGCGGCGUGCACUCGCCGGGGAUGAACAAUGACGUUACUAUUGCUUAUGUUAAGGGAGUGUUUUUACCGUCAUUUUUGUAACAGGUUUGAAUGGAGUUCAGGCUUAGCAUUAGGAAAAUACUUGACAUAAUGACACCCCCUCCACCAAUUUCAGGGUGAUGCGCAUUACAUCAGUUUUAUAUUCUCAAUGCAGUACUGUAAAGAUGAGAUAUGCAUGUUUGUAGGAACUACACACAUACUUCGGAUACUGAAGUAUAGUUUACCAAACUCAGUGCUGUUACUCUUAUCAUUUAAUAGCAGUCAUUGCUGUCCAUAACUGACAGGAAGACUCACUUUGAAAAGAGUGUUUUCUUCUUGAAGACAAUGAAAAAAAAGAUAAUAUUGAAACACUGUGUGACUACACAUUAAACCUUGAAAAAGAUGAUCCCACUCACACAAGAUGUCAUUUUGUUUCAAGUUUGGUCCUCUAUCAGUUCAACUAUAUUUUUGUGAGAACAAAUUAUCUGCAGAUAUUAAAGAGUAAAGUUCUUGAUGUUUAACUUAAGGGAACCAACGGCCUAAUUUUGAAAGCUGACCAUAUAAGUGUGUUUGGGUGUGUGCAGAAGUGUGCUUUGUUUCACCUGUAACCACACCCAGUAGUGAGUGCAGCAAUGUGAGGUGCUGAAUCUAAUGUUGUAAAUUGAUACAUUCAUUUUCUGUUGUCAGCAUUAAA